AUGAGGCGUUUAAUAGCGCUAGACAGAAUAUCUAUCGCUAAAGAAGCUGUGGGGUGCGUUAGUGGGGAUGCUAGCGUAUGGGCCGUGAGAAGAUCGAACUACUGUCUCCAACUUUUAAAUGCUCUUUCGCUACAGGUGUGCAAGCAAUGGUAUAAUGCUUUCUAUCUGCCCAUGGUGUGGCACAACUUUGUGGUCGAUGAUCGGACUCUCACGCGUGCUAAAUACAACUACUACUCUGGCUGGCAAUAUUGCCUGGAUCAUAUACGGACGCAGAAUUGCUUAUCGCGAGUUGGAAAAUACAUGCGUGGCUUGGAAUUCAGGCCAGAGCACAGCUUCAAUAACAUUUUCCAGUUCAUGACAAUGCUCUCAUGGGGCAUGGAAAAAAGCUCGGAGUUAAAAGCACCAGCUGACCUCAAGGAUAUUGGAACACGCAUACGAUCUCUUGUCUAUGUAUUCCCCUGCAAUAUGUCACAAGCCAACGAUCCCGAAGGUAUUAAGCUGUUCGGCACCGGCGGGCAAUUGCUUAAAGGUCUGAAGGAACUGCUGUCUAAACUUCGUGAUCUACGGACUUUGAAACUAAUAGAUUUCGUGUUGGAACGUUUCGAGGCAAAGCAUCUGCUCGAUGAAGUGCUGGAAUCGUGCUGCACGAAAAUGCGUGUGCUGAAUCUAGUGAAUGUCACAACCACUCACUGCCCAAUAAUGCAUGUGGGAUUGUUUAUCAAUUUGCAGGUACUGACAAUUUCACCCCAAAACAUCGAUGAUGACGUUUUGUUGUUAUUAGCCGAUACUAAGUUAAAACACUUGCAUUUGUUGCAAAACCGUUACACCUCCACACAUCUCUCAAUCUCGCCGUGCAGCGUGAAGGCGUGGCGACAACUUAAACGCGAUAAUCCAAAGCUAAAGGUGUACCUGCGUGUUGAAUCAAUGGGAGAUGGCGAAGUGGUUUUCCAGCCAGAAGCACCAGUCUACUGUGUCAGCUACGAAUCACCAAAAUCUAGGAUCAAUGUUAGGAUAUUUAGCUCGAAACCGGAAACCGGCCCAACGUGCGAAAAUACACUACCUGGCUACGCCCCUGUUCAGCAACAAAGAAAUAAAAAUGGAAAAAUCCUGAAGUAG